GCUUAGCAUUGAAAUUGAAUAUUGCUCAGAAAGGCAGUGUAGACUUCAUCUUAGAAACCGGUGAGGAAGAGGAGCAGAUACAGAUGGAGAAUCAAACAUCUGUACAGAGGGAGGAUCAAACAACAAUGAUGCAUUUCAUCCUCUUGGGUGUUACUGAUGAUGAUCAACUCCAGUAUGUGUUCUUUACCAUCCUGUUAGUCACCUACAUCUUGACUGUAACAGGUAACAUUCUCAUCAUCUGGAUCACCCUCAUAAACCAUCAUCUUCAGACUCCCAUGUACUUCUUCCUCAGGAACUUCUCCAUCUUAGAGAUUGGCUUUACCACCACUGUCAUCCCCAAAGCUUUGGCUAACCUUGCUUUAGGCAAAAAAACAAUUUCUUUAAGCGGUUGUCUCACUCAAACUUUUCUCUACUGCAUGCUAGGUACCACUGAGUUUUUCCUGUUAGCUGUAAUGUCCUUUGACAGGUACAUGGCCAUCUGCAAACCUCUACACUAUGUGGCCAUUAUUAAUUCACAAGUCUGCAGCCAGCUGGUGAUUACUGCCUGGAUUGGUGGGGCUAUCCUCAUUCUUCCUCCAGCAGUGGUAUAUUUCCAGAUGCCAUUCUGUGCUUCAAACAUCAUUAAUCAUUUUUUCUGUGAUAGUGUACCAAUGAUUCAGCUCAAAUGCGGAAAUACCAAGGUCCUAGUGUGCAUGACUUUCAUCUCAGCAGUGUUCACUCUACCGGGUAGUCUAGUUAUUACAGCUGUAUCCUACAUCAACAUCAUUAGUGCUGUGGUCAAAAUCGCCUCUGUGGCUGGCAGACAAAAAGCCUUUUCCACUUGUGCCUCUCACCUCAUUGUGGUGUCUAUCACAUAUGGCAGCUGCAUCUUCAUGUACCUCACACCUACCCAGACUGACAGACUGGACCUCAGCAAGGUAGUGUCCAUCUUGAACACUGUGGUUUCUCCUCUACUCAAUCCAUUUAUCUAUAGCUUGAGGAACACACAGUUUCAGGGUGCCUUAAGGGAGAGCAUCAAAUGGAGUAUAAUAAUUUCUAAACACCUAGAAAUUUGA